AUGGCGGAUGAUGAUGACCACACCUUCGAGAAAGCGGAAGCUGGCGCUUCCGCCACUUACCCCAUGCAGGCAGGUGAGAUUCGCAAGGGCUCCCAUUUGAUGAUCAAGGGACGCCCCUGCAAGUGCGUGGAGGUCUUGACCUCGAAGACUGGAAAGCACGGCCACGCAAAAGCGCACAUUGUGGCCAUUGACAUCUUCACAGGCAAGAAGAUGGAAGACCUUUGCCCAACUUCUCACAACUUGGAAGUGCCAUUCGUCAAGCGUACUGAGUGGCAGGUCUGCGCAGCUGAUCCAGACUCUGGUGAAGUGAGCCUCAUGCAGGAGUCCGGAGAGAUCAAGGAAGACUUGAACUUACCCACCUUCGUCAAGAUUGGUGAGCCCACGGAUGAGGACAAGAAGGUCGUUGUGGAUCUGCUUGCCGGACUGGACAGUGGAAAGGACGUCUUCGCAGUGGUUCAAGCUGCCUGCGGCGAGGAGAAGAUUGUGAGCGUCAAGCACUUUUUCGGGUGCCGGGCCUUUGAAGUCGCUUCCUUCGUCACUUUGUCACUGUGUCGAGGCCUCAGGAUCAAUGGAUUCGAAGAAAUGGCGGAUGAUGAUGACCACACCUUCGAGAAAGCGGAAGCUGGCGCUUCCGCCACUUACCCCAUGCAGGCCGGUGAGAUCCGUAAGGGCUCUCAUUUGAUGAUCAAGGGACGCCCCUGCAAGUGCGUGGAGGUUUCUACCUCGAAGACAGGAAAGCACGGCCACGCAAAAGCGCACAUUGUGGCCAUUGACAUCUUCACAGGCAAGAAGAUGGAAGACCUUUGCCCAACUUCUCACAACUUGGAAGUGCCAUUCGUGAAGCGUACUGAGUGGCAGGUCUGUGCUGCUGAUCCGGACUCAGGAGAAGUCAGCCUCAUGCAGGAGUCUGGCGAGAUCAAGGAAGACUUGAACUUGCCCACCUUCGUCAAGAUUGGUGAGCCCACGGAUGAGGACAAGAAGGUCGUUGUGGAUCUGCUUGCCGGACUGGACAGUGGAAAGGAUGUCUUCGCAGUGGUCCAAGCUGCCUGCGGCGAGGAGAAGAUUGUGAGCGUCAAGGUGAACGGAUAA